AUCCUGUCGGGAACGUGGACGAACGAGCGUGUGAAUUUAAGCACCCAACAAGGAAGCUUGAUUGCAACAGUAUAGCGAACUGGUUCAGGCAAAACAAACCAGUAGUACAAGCAAGAACAGACGCUUACGGAAACUUUCGCUGUAUCCGAAAGUAAACAAGGGAUAAAUUAUCUGUCAAGCGGCGAAGGACGACUGAUAAGUAGUGUUCGGUACAGUGUUUACCGUCAGUCAACGGGGCCAGACGAACCACGGCGCCGUUUCUCGUGUGUCAAUCAGUUCAGAGGCGACAGUUUCACGCGUAGGAGAGCAGCGACGAGAUCGGGUUUGAUAGACAAGCGCUGCCGCAAUCUAGUGUUUACAGUGAGGCGAGAUCGACGCAAAAUGCCCGGUCCUCUAUUUGUACUGGUUCUGUUGUUUGCCAAAUCUCUUGGAGAGUCUCUUCCGGAAAACUUUAAAGACGACUUGGAAAUUAGGGGUCUGUUAAAAGACAUUUCGGAGCCGAACUUACAAACUAGCGCAGCUCAACAAAGUUUAAAGGAGUCGGAGCAGACGGUGGUUGAACGAAAUCCCGCUUCGGUUACAUUAACAACAGAAAGAGAACACGCCCCAACCAUGGUUGACGAAUACGAGCCGACGUUACCGCUGUUUCUUGUCGAACCGACCGAUCAAUACGUGGUAAGGUCCACACCAGCUAGGAUCACGUGCCAAGUGACGUCAGCGAACGAAGCUCUUAUUAAAUGCAACAACAGGUGGUUGAGCAGUCCUACCUCACGCACAAGUCAAACCGAAGACCCAGAAACGGGUAAAACAAUCACAACUAUUUCGAUCGAGGUUACGAGGAACACACUCGAUUCGUUCUUUGCCCCUUACACAUAUUGGUGUCAAUGCGUUGCGUGGAGUGGGGCGGGGGAAGUCAAAAGUAGGCGGGCGUUGGUUAAACUUGCAUUUUUACGACGGAAUUUUGAGCAAGAACCGAUGGCUGACCGAGUGGCAGUCGGGGACGAAUACAAACUUCAAUGUAAACCCCCAGCUGGACAACCCAAGCCUAUUGUUGAGUGGUUAAAGAACGACCAACCGUUGACGUCAUCGAAAAAUUCGAAUUUCUUGGUCACUGAGGACGGAGAUCUGAUUAUACAAACGAGGAACGUCGAAGACUCGGGCAAUUAUACGUGUGUUGCAAAGAACAUUGCUUCGAAACGACGAAGCCACACAGCGACAUUGACCGUUGGAGUUAAGGGAGGUUGGAGCAACUGGUCCCCAUGGACUGGAUGCACAGAGAAGUGUGGCAUCGGUGUUCAGAGGAGGAUACGAAGAUGUAACAACCCAGCUCCACAAAACGGGGGAGCUAAUUGUGCGGGAGAGACAACUCAGACUAUGACGUGUCACAAGCAAUGUCCAGUUGAUGGUCGUUGGACAGACUGGUCAAUGUGGUCAACUUGUAGCCCUGAAUGUCUACACAGGCGACGACGAACAUGUACACGACCAACCCCUCAAAACAGCGGGCGAGUUUGCCCGGGAGCCGAUAUUGAAACUAAGAACUGCACGGACGGCCUUUGCACCGCUAUCCGAGGCCAGACGGAAUCAACCGAAAAUCAGAACCUGAUCCUGUACAGCUGUUUGUUUGUUGCUCUUGGUUUGUUACUAAUGAUCGUCAUAGCAACUCUCGUUAUUUUGAAAAGGAAACGAACCACCGUAUCCAGAUCAUCUUCUUACACUGGGGGUCGCCCUAUGGGACCUUACUCAACAGCGCCGCGUAACGGCGGAAUACACGACGAUUUCUGUAUCAUACCGACCAAGCCACCGGUGGUAGGGGAUGCGCCACCUUUUGCGUUCCAACAACAAUAUCCCUCUCUACGUGAUCAUAGUUACCAACCUUGUGGUCGCACACCAAAACAAUGCGAAUCGGAUAAAUAUCAGAAGUACGGUUACUCCAACGACGAAAAGAACUAUCACAUAAUACUUUGUUCACGAGACGAACACAGUGUGUGCUACCACGGUAGCAGCAUGCAACGAGGAAAACACGCUUACCAAGCGAAGACUCUAUCUCACGGAAAUUCGCCAACUAAAGAAAAAUGCGGGACCAUCGACGGGGCACCACCCAACGGCUUUAUUAAGCUACGACGGAACCGUCACUAGUGGGCGGUCUGGCUCGCUAAGUCACAAGCAUGUCACUUUUGCCGAUGGAAAAAUGAUCGUCGCGUCAGAAUACGACUCUGGUUUCGAAGGCGAAUCCAUUCACGCAAAUAGUGUGGUCAACGGCCAUGCGAAUGAUAUUCAACGUGAAGGUAGCGAAUACUCGGACGCAGGUUAUAGCGUUUCCAGCUCUAGUGCUGUCGGGGAAAUGGAUGCCAACUUUACCGGCAUUCUGAAAGAGCAAUCGCAACAAGAUACUGAAAUGUACCAACACACGUAACGGAGCUGUUGUGCUUUUACUUUCAAUACGUCGGGGUCCCAGGAUGGAAUGCUUUACAUACGGGGGAGGGUUUGACCAUAUUAUAAGCAAUUCAGUGUUACAGUACGGAAGAAGCAGCGCUAUUUACAUUCAGUAUCCGGAUGCGUUACUGACCAAACUGAAGCUGCUACGAAUGCAGUCUUGUUCUUUUGUUUUUUUGUGCAGUUAUAUAAAGUCGCAUGUGCUUUUACUGUUCGAACUUUUACUUUUUUCUAUGCAUCGGCAAAUAAACAAACAACAUAAUAUAA